CUGUCCCGACUGACGUUGGGCAACAAAGAUGGCGGCAGGAACCAGCAAUUACUGGGAAGAUCUCAGGAAACAAGCUCGGCAGCUGGAAAACGAACUUGACCUGAAACUCGUUUCCUUCAGUAAACUCUGUACGAGCUACAGCCACAGCGGCUCACGGGAUGGAGGACGCGAUAGGUACAGUUCUGACACAACACCGCUAUUAAAUGGAUCAAGCCAAGACAGAAUGUUUGAGACAAUGGCAAUUGAAAUUGAACAGCUUUUGGCAAGGCUUACAGGAGUAAACGACAAAAUGGCAGAGUACACCCACAGUGCAGGGGUGCCCUCCCUGAAUGCAGCCCUGAUGCACACGCUGCAGCGACACAGAGACAUUCUGCAGGAUUAUACACACGAAUUUCAUAAAACCAAAGCAAACUUUACGGCAAUACGGGAAAGGGAGAAUCUCAUGGGAUCAGUACGGAAAGAUAUUGAGUCAUAUAAAAGCGGGUCUGGAGUAAACAACAGGAGAACGGAACUGUUUCUGAAAGAGCAUGACCACCUUCGAAACUCUGAUCGUCUGAUAGAAGAAACAAUAAGCAUUGCUAUGGCAACAAAAGAGAAUAUGACUUCCCAGAGAGGAAUGCUCAAGUCAAUUCACAGCAAGAUGAACACUCUGGCCAACCGCUUUCCUGCCGUGAACAGCCUGAUACAAAGGAUCAACCUUAGGAAACGGCGUGACUCGCUCAUCCUUGGAGGUGUCAUUGGCAUCUGCACCAUCCUGUUGCUGCUGUAUGCGUUCCACUGAAAGCAUAGCCCCAGGACUCUCUGCCCACCACCUUCAUGGCCUGAUCUGGACUGGGGAGCCUACCAAGGAGAAAGACCAUCCCGGCCACGGGCGCCAGCAGAUGGAUUCCAAACUGCACCUGUGGCUCUGACCUGGUCGGGCUGAGCUGAAGCCGAAGUUUUUCUGUGCUAUCUUUUCUAAUACACAUUACUCUGUUUUUAAUUUUAAAAACAACAAAAGGUUUCCGUUGCUGUGUCUCCCUAGGAGGUAAGCAGGCAGAAGCUGAGAAGCUGGGCUUCAGUGACUGGCGAGGCCAGAUGAUCAGCGGGCCUCGGAGCUGGACUCCUCGUAGCACCAGACUCUCUACAUCCAAAGAUGGCUUCACUUUCAGCCACGAGAUUGGAUGUGAAUAAAAGUAAUUUUUGUCCUUUUAUUUAACACUUGUGAUGAGUAAUCAGCUGUCCUUUGCUGAUACUCUGUGAUCUGUAUUCUAUUCUGUGUCCCUAACUCUUAGCAGUCAAGAAAAAUUCCAUGUCCCACGGGUUCUGUGAGAUGUUGGUAGGCCAGCUUCAUGUUUGAGGUGGUCUGAAAUGGAGAGUGCUGUAGAAAGGGCGUCUCGUCUCUGCGUCAGCUGUGAGCGCUGCGUCAGCUGUACCGCCGCCAACACAUCAGAAUGGCAGACCUUGCCAUUGCUUUAUUAUUUUUUCCACUGGGCUAAUAUUUGCUUGUACAUGAUAAAAUUGCAUUUCCACUGACAGGCAAUCAGCACCUGUCAUUGCCCCUAGCGGUCCCAUAUCAUGUGAAGCUUAAUACUAGGAAGUGAGGGAGGGGACUUGGUUCUCAGUGAGGUCUGCUCAUGAGCCACUGCAAGGAGACAGUGAGAGGGUGGCUCUCUGGCCUUCCUGUCUGUCAGUGUGGUGCCGCCUGGAGCAAGGGUAGCACUGUGACCUGAUGUCACAGUAUUCGUGCCCUGUGCAGAUCUAUCCCUUCCUCCUCUGUUGGCGCCUUCCUUCCUACUCCUAGGCCGCCGGAUAACCACUGAGGGGGCCUGGGACUCCUGCCUGCACCUCUCUAUUACUUUGGGCAGUGACAGAAUUGUGAAUGUUUCUCAAGGUUAGCCACUUCUCAGCAUCUGUAAAUUGGUAACUUGUCGUACUGAACUAGCGGAUAGUGUAAAGACUCCAACAUCUGUGCUCUGCUGGUCCUACCCUGGAGUGGCCUCCAGCACAUUGUCCAGGGGCAGUGAGUGGAUAUUAGAGCUCUUCACCAUUCUAUGGUGGGGGACGGUGCCUCUGGGCCACCUUGAUACACUUACUGCGCAUGGACAGACUGACACCCAGUCUGGGACUGACUGACAGUUUUGACAUCCUGCUGUUGAAGUGUUAGUACAUUCUAGGUAUGAAAGGCAUUUGAUAUAUUUUUCUUAAUUAUGGGGUUUAUUUUUCUAAAUAUGGGUUAAUCAGCUUGUUGACUGGGCAUGCCCUUAAAAGGAAUUUAAAUUUCCCUCUAUAGACCUUAAAGAAUCAGGGAAGUUCAUUUGUUAAAUUCUCCUUGAGAGAACAGAACUUCUCUUCCCUGACACUUCUAUUAUCUUUGAUUUUUUCAAAGGGCCUUGAUUGGCAUUUGUGCCUCAGCUAGACUUUAUGGGACUUUGGUUGUUAUAUAGUGGGCAUAUAUGAAAUCUGAAGUAUCGUAAAUAAAGUUAUUUAUUUAAAUAUACAGCCAGUCUUUUCUACUGGUUUGAUGACAUGUUUCAUUCACUAAAGCUGAUGAGAAAGCGUAGGCUAGGACAUGGUCCUGCUCCACUGCCAGCCGCCACCGCACAGCAGCUGGGCCGCCCCAGGACGCUGCACUCAGAUGAACAGAUGGAAUUAUGUUGCUUGUCUUCUUUUUGAGAGUAGAUCAGUUCUUUCAAGGAACGCUAGCUGUAGCGGCUGGGGUCCGACCUUCCAUUGUGGUGCCGUGGAGGGAAGAGUGCCCCUCCCUUUCCAGUUCUGCCCUGUACAGGACCCCCUUGGAACCUCGGUUUUGUGUCAUUCAAUAUUUUUUUCAAGUUCGUUUCUCCCAUUUUGGGCUUACCCCAGUUAUCAGGCUUAGGCAUGGACAGGGAGGGAUGUCUUGUCAGAGCCUGAGGUAAGAUUUGUGACCCCAGUGAACUGUUGCUCCCCGGCCACAGUUUUUAACAGAAUACCUUUUUUUAAAAAUAUAUAUUUUUAGUAACAGUUCAAAACUUCCCACUUCACAAAAAGAUAUGAAAAACGGGAAUAAACAGCAGAAAAUUCCAAGUGUAUUUGUCUGCCCUGGCUUGAGAGGUCUCACUGUUUAGCUCCGGCUGGCCUUGAGUUCCUGCCUCGGCUUCCUGAGACCCUGGGACUACUAUCUGAUGUAUACCACCAACCCUGGCUCCAAACAGUACCUUCCUCCAGUUUCCCAUGUGUCCCAGUGACUCAGUGAAGAUGUGCAGUCCAUUGCUACUGAGAUCUACAAACCCAUACCAAAGGAUGCUCUGCCUCCUGCCCUGCUCACCUCUGCUUGUUCCCUUCCCCUUGAUACCAGCAUUGACAUUUAUUGAGAAUGUCUUUCUGCUUCUUCCUGGUACUCGGAUCAGAAAUGGGGACAGGUGAGGAAGAGCCACUCUAGAGGACACUUUUGUACUGGGACCCAGAUAGCUGAGGGCCUCCAUGCUGGUCGUGGAUAAGUGAGUGGGAAGCACAGUCAUUGCUCUGCCGCCCUGUGAGCCCUGUGGAGUUGAGGCACCUUGGCCUUCACCACAUCACUGUCCUGUCUUACUGCUGAUGACCUCGGCCUGAGGGGGUGGCUUCUAAGAAUGGGUCUAGCCUUUCCGACUUCUCUUUAUCUUCUGUCUUUAACCAGGUAAGAGUUUUGGGAUUCAUUGAGCUUUUGAACUUGUUAUAUUAAGUGGUUGGGAUGCAUGGCCAUACCCAGGUCAUCUGUGGCAGAUGCGGCAGAGGAAACAAACCUACCCAAAUGACGGAUUGUGCACUGUCCUUAUUUUACCGUAGAGGGCAUCCUUUGGCCUGAUCUCCAAAAGGAUGCAGCAUUUCCCACUGCGGGCCCCAAACUCAUUCAUCCCCCUGAGUGCCCAUAUGUCCCUUUCUCAGAGAGAAUGGGGGACGAGAAACAAGGUCUUAACGUGAUAAUCUGGUGAGAAGCUGGGAAAGUUGAGUCAUGUCUUAAAGAAUGUGUUUUUUUUUUUUUCAAUCUGAUCUAAAAUCUUAGUACCAAAAUAUUUGUACCACACCCUAGUAGCUCUCAGUGAUGGGAAAUCAGUUCUUACCAUACUUUAUUCCGAUGGAAGACGAUUGACGCCUGGUGAAAAAUGCCAAUACAGAUUUUUUUUAAUCUAUUCUUUUCCAAAUGCACUUUCUAAUUUUUUGCUUUUAAAAUAGAGACUUGGAACCAAUAUUAUUGUAUUUUUACUUAAUUUUUGUUCUCAUCUAAAUGUGCAUUUUCUGACUGUAUAGAAGAAACUUUGUUAUAUAAUUUAAUAAAUUAAAUAUCUAAAUA